GUGCACAUGUGGGACAGGUCCCUCACACACUUCUACACUGCCAGACAAUUCUUGCUACCUCCAACAAGUAACAUACAAAACCGUUUGACAGGCACAGGACACAGACAGGCACACAAAUGGCAACGGAAACUUUCGAGAAACAGAAGACCAUCGAUCUUCGAAAGAAACAUGUAGGUCCAUCCUGCAAAGUAUUCUUCAGUCAUGACCCUAUCAAGAUUGUCCGAGCAAGGGGCCAGUACAUGUACAAUGAGAAAGAUGAGAGAUACCUGGAUUGCAUAAACAACGUAGCCCAUGUGGGUCAUUGCCACCCAGACGUGGUCAAAGCAGGAGCAGAGCAAAUGGAGAUUCUCAACACCAACUCUCGCUUCCUGCAUGACAAUCUGGUCUUGUAUGCUCACCGUCUCCAAGACACCCUUCCUGAAAAGCUCUCUGUCUGCUACUUUGUCAACUCCGGGUCAGAGGCAAAUGAUCUGGCCCUGAGGUUGGCUUGGCAGUACACUGGCCACAAAGACAUCAUCACACUGGAUAAUGCCUACCAUGGUCACGUGUCAUCACUUAUUGAUAUCAGUCCAUAUAAGUUUCAUCAGAUUGCCGGUGCAGAGCACAGCCAACAUGUGCAUGUGGCCCUCAGUCCAGACAUUUAUAGAGGCAAAUAUCGUGAAGACCACCCAGACCCUGCCACUGCAUAUGCUGAUAAUGUCAAAGAUAUAAUUGAGAAGGCCCAAGGAAAUGGACAUAAGAUUGCUGCUUUUAUCGCUGAAUCGCUGCAGAGUUGCGGAGGGCAGGUCAUUCCUCCUGUCGGCUACUUCCAGAAAGUGGCACAGCAUGUGAGAAAAGCAGGAGGCAUUUUCAUUGCUGAUGAAGUCCAGGUGGGCUUUGGCAGGGUGGGUACCCAUUUCUGGGCCUUCCAACUACAGGGAGAAGAUUUUGUGCCAGAUAUUGUUACGAUGGGCAAACCUAUUGGAAAUGGCCAUCCAAUGUCAUGUGUGAUCACCACCAGAGAGGUUGCUGAAGGCUUCAUGUCAUCUGGAAUGGAAUACUUCAACACAUUUGGUGGUAACCCAGUGUCUUGCGCAAUUGGACUGGCUGUUCUAGAUGUAAUUGAGAAGGAAGAUCUGCAAGGCAACGCCCUGCGUGUUGGAGGGUACCUGACUCAGCUUUUGGAAAAUCUGAAAGAAAGACACUCCUUAGUGGGUGAUGUGAGAGGUCUUGGCCUUUUUGUUGGGGUGGAGCUGGUGAGAGAUCGGCAGAAGAAAACACCUGCCACAGCUGAAGCUCAGGAUGUUAUUUACAGGCUGAAAGAGCAGCGGAUACUGCUAAGUGCUGAUGGCCCCCAACGGAAUGUUCUGAAGUUCAAGCCACCCAUGUGCUUCACCAGAGAGGAUGCUGAACUCGCAGUUGAGAAGAUUGACCAAAUUUUGACAGAUUUAGAAAAGGCAUUGGGCCUCCACAAGCCUGAAGCAACAAUCUCAGAGAAUGGACACAGCAAGAGAAAGGAACCCCUAGAAGAAAAUGGACAUGUUCAUCCUUCAAAUGGCAGCAGCCACAAGCACACCACCACACAUCCUCUUAGCACAAAAUCCAAUAAGAGAAUACGAACCUAAUGUACUACCCAUAAAAACAGCAGGGGAUUAAUCAGAGACAACUGCUUUUAAGAACAGACAAUUUAAUUAUGUCUGUAAUUUGUUAUUAAUACAAUUCCAUGUUUUAAUGGAUCUUUAAGGACACUGAGAGCAUUGUAAGAUUACUUUGCCAAAUUUUAGUGAUGCCAUUCAGAACUGUAUCUGUAUUUUAGCUUUUAUAAGGAGUUUUGGAAUUGUAUACACUUAAUGAACCAGAACCGUCUAAUCUUAUUAAUAACUGUAUUAGCUUUCACACAUAUUGAAAGUUAAUGGAUAAUGAACAAAAGGAUAACAAAAAUAUUAUAAAUCAAUGCACUUUGCGAUAUCUAUAUCUUCCAUCUCUGAUGUAGGCAUUGCAAUUGAGUGGCAUCUUUUCACUGCCUGAGCUGGAUAGUUUCGAAAGAGAAACUACAGACAAAUCUUUAAAAAUAAGAAUGCCAAAUUAGGCACCGCAAGCAUAUCUUGAACACAACAUGUUUUUCAAAAGCGUGUUCAAGUGCAUACAUACCUAGCAAAUGCACAUUCAACAUGUUCUACUUGUGUCUGCUACAAUAAAAAAAAGCUAGAUAAUCACUCUCCUAUCUGAUAGUAAUGGAGUGGAAAAUGCCUGGUGGAUAAAAUUCAACAUGGAAAACAAGCUGAUGUAGAAUGAAAGACCCUUAAUUCACAAAAAUUGCAAUAGAUUGAUCUUAAAACUAAGCCCCAGAUAAAAUAAAGGUAUACAGUGCACAAUGCCCUCUAGUGCUUAUA